AUGCAGUGCCUAGCGGCUGCCCUUAAAGACGAAACCAACAUGAGUGGGGGAGGGGAGCAGGCCGACAUCCUGCCGGCCAACUUCCCGGUCAAGGAUCGCUGGAAGGUGCUGAAAAAGAUCGGGGGCGGCGGCUUUGGUGAGAUCUAUGAGGCCAUGGACCUGCUGACCAGGGAGAAUGUGGCCCUCAAGGUGGAGUCAGCCCAGCAGCCCAAGCAGGUCCUCAAGAUGGAGGUGGCCGUGCUCAAAAAGCUGCAAGGGAAGGACCACGUGUGCCGGUUUAUCGGUUGUGGGAGGAACGAGAAAUUCAACUAUGUAGUGAUGCAGCUUCAGGGCCGGAACCUGGCCGACCUGCGCCGAAGUCAGCCUCGAGGCACCUUCACGCUGAGCACCACAUUGCGCCUGGGCAAGCAGAUCCUGGAGUCCAUUGAGGCCAUUCACUCGGUGGGCUUCCUGCACCGGGACAUCAAGCCGUCGAACUUCGCUAUGGGCAGGCUGCCCUCCACCUAUAGGAAGUGCUACAUGCUGGACUUCGGGCUGGCCCGGCAGUACACCAACACCACAGGAGACGUCCGACCCCCUCGGAAUGUGGCCGGGUUUCGUGGGACUGUCCGCUACGCCUCAGUCAAUGCCCACAAGAACCGGGAGAUGGGCCGCCACGAUGACCUGUGGUCCCUCUUCUACAUGCUGGUGGAGUUCGCAGUGGGCCAGCUGCCCUGGAGGAAGAUCAAGGACAAAGAGCAGGUGGGGAUGAUCAAGGAGAAGUAUGAGCAUCGCAUGCUGUUGAAGCACAUGCCCUCGGAGUUUCACCUCUUCCUGGACCACAUCGCCAGCCUCGACUACUUCACCAAGCCCGACUACCAGUUGAUCAUGUCAGUGUUUGAGAACAGCAUGAAGGAGCGGGGCAUCGCCGAGAACGAGGCCUUCGACUGGGAGAAGGCGGGCACUGAUGCCCUGCUCUCCACCAGCACCUCCACCCCACCCCAGCAGAACACCCGGCAGACAGCAGCCAUGUUUGGGGUGGUCAAUGUGACACCAGUGCCCGGGGACCUGCUGCGGGAGAACACGGAGGACGUGCUGCAGGGCGAGCACCUGAGUGACCAGGAGAACGCACCCCCAAUCCUGCCAGGGAGGCCCCCCGAAGGGCUGGGUCCCAGUCCCCACCUCAUCCCCCACCCCGGGUGUCCGGAGGCUGAAGUCUGGGAGGAGACGGACGUGAACCGAAACAAACUUCGGAUCAACAUUGGCAAAACCCCCUGUGUGGAGGAGGAGCAGAGCCGAGGUGUGGGGGUCCCCAGCUCCCCGGUGCGUGUCCCCCCGGAUUCCCCAACUACCCCAGUCCGCUCUCUGCGCUAUCGGAGGGUCACCAGCCCGGAGUCAGAGCGGCUGUCUACCGCCGAUGGGCGGGUGGAGCUGCACGAAAGGAGGUCGCGGAUGGAUCUGCCUGGCUCGCCCUCGCGGCAGGCCUGCUCCUCACAGCCGGCCCAGAUGCUGUCAGUGGACACAGGCCACGCCGACCGGCAGGCGAGCGGUCGCAUGGACGUGUCGGCCUCGGUGGAGCAUGAGGCUCUGAGCAACGCUUUCCGCUCGGUGCCGCUGGCUGAGGAGGAGGACUUCGACAGUAAGGAGUGGGUCAUCAUUGACAAGGAGACCGAGCUGAAGGACUUCCCGCCAGGGGCUGAGCCCAGCACGUCGGGCACCACGGACGAGGAGCCGGAGGAGCUGCGGCCGCUGCCCGAGGAAGGCGAGGAGAGGCGGCGGUCGGGGCUGGAGCCCGCUGCCACCGCCACUGCCAUGCGGCCUCGAGGACGCGGCAUGCACCCCCUGGCUGAGGAGGACCUGCGGCAUGUGCCGCCCCAGCCGCCGCCACCCCAGCUGAGCCAGGCCGAGGGCCGUUCGGAGACCUCCCAGCCCCCCACGCCCGGAAGCCCUUCCCACUCACCCUUCCACUCGGGACCCCGCCCUCGCCGGAGAGAGUCGGACCCCACAGGCCCGCAGAGACAGGUGCUCUCCGUGGCGCCCCCGUUUGAGGUGAACGGCCUCCCCCGGGCUGUGCCUCUGAGCCUGCCCUACCAGGACUUCAAGAGGGACCUCUCUGACUACCGAGAGCGGGCCCGACUGCUCCACCGGGUGCGCAGGGUCGGCUUCUCGCACACGCUGCUCACCUCGCCCCAGACUCCACUGGUUCCUGUUCAGCCUCAGGCCAAUGGGAAGGAGGAAGAGGAGGAGGAAGAGGAAGAGGAGGAAGAAGAAGAGGAGGAAGAGGAGGAAGAAGAAGAGGAAGAAGAAGAAGAGGAGGAAGAAGAAGAGGAGGAAGAAGAGGAAGCAGUGGCCCUGGGGGAGGUGCUUGGGCCCCGCAGUGGCUCCAGCAGUGAGGGGAGUGAGAGGAGCACAGACCGGAGCCAGGAGGGUGCCCCAUCCACGCUGCUGGCGGAAGAUCAGAGGGAAUCCCGGGGCCGGGCCUCCAUGGCUGAGGGGGACCUGGAGCCAGAGGAGGGCUCCAAAACGCUGGUGCUCGUCUCCCCUGGUGACAUGAAGAAGUCGCCUGUCACUGCCGAGCUGGCCCCGGAUCCUGACCUGGGCACCCUGGCUGCCCUCACGCCUCAGCAUGAGCGGCCGCAGCCCACAGGCAGCCAGCUGGACGUGUCUGAGCCGGGCACCCUGUCCUCUGUCCUCAAAUCUGAGUCUAAGCCCUUGGGGUCUGGGACAGGACCCGGGGUGGGGGCAGUGACCGCAGGGGCGGGGGGCGUGGCUGUCACCUCCUCACCCUUCACCAAAGUCGAAAGGACUUUCGUACACAUUGCGGAGAAGACCCACCUCAACGUUAUGUCUUCUGGCAGCCAGAGCUCGCGGCCUGAGGAGCUCAGCGUUGGUGGAGAGUCGGGGAUAGAGGCACCCUCAGAUGGGGGUGCAAUGCAAGAGGGGGCCACAGAGCCCCUGGAGAAUGGCCUUGUCCUGCGUGGGGCUGAGAUGGAGAGCUGUGUCCUGUCUGGGUCCCCUGGGGUGACCCCCUCAGAAGUGGCCACAGACUCCCUGCCCAAUGGCCCAGCCCUGGCUGAAGGAUCAGCCGCUGUGUCCACGCCAGAGUUAGGCUUGCAGAAAGUGGCCAGCACAUCUCCUCCCCUGGGCCCACAGGCCAUGCCAGGCCCUCGCCCCAGGAGCCGCAUCCCUGUCCUGCUCUCUGAGGAGGACACAGGCUCGGAGCCGUCGGGCUCACUGUCGGCCAGAGAGCGAUGGAGCAAAAGGGCCCGGCCGCAGCAGGACCUGGCGCGGCUGGUGAUGGAGAAGAGGAAGAGCCACCUACUGCUGCGGCUGGCCUCUUCCUCCUCCAGCGAGGAGCAGCGUCGCGCCUCCGAAACGCUCUCCGGCACGGGCUCUGAGGAGGACACACCUGCCUCAGAGCUGGCGGCGGCCUUGCCCAGGAAGGCUGGGCAGGCAUCUGCCGGCCGAAGCCGGAUUCCCCGCCCCAUCAACAUCCGCAUGCCUGCCACUGCAGCAACCCGGCAGACUCUCAGCCGAGCCCCUGGCACGCCGGCCCCGGCGUCCGACACAGCCAUCACCAGCAGGCUCCAGCUGCAGAAGCCCCCAGGGUCAGCCACCGCUCCUGAUCUCCGCCCCAAACAGCAUCCCGGGACCGGCCGCCGCAGCCCGGGCACCGGAAGAGCCCAAGCCGGUGCCAAGCCCUCAGCUCCCCGCAGCCCGGGCCUUCCCGCCUCUGCCCGACGCCACUCCAGCGCGUCCCCUCGGAGCCAGUCCUUGUCUCGCAAAGAGAGCCCUUCCCCUUCGCACCAGGCCCGGCCAGGAGUCACCCCGGCUCCUCGGGGCGUCCCGCAUGCCCGAGGAGGAGCCCAGCCUGAUGGCAGUACCCCCUCCCCAGGAGGCCCCAAAAAGGGACCCAGAGGGAAACUGCAGACUCAGCAGCGCGCAGCAACCAAAGGCCGGGCGGGGGCGGCGGAGGGCCGGGCCGGGGCCAGAUAA